AUGUUACUUGAUCUUAAUACAAAAAAGACAGUAACAAGACCCUUUGUAACAGUACUUCUGAUCACCAAGCAAGUGAUCAAAAUUGUGGAACAAAUGGCAUACAACAAAGGCGUUUGUGAUUUGAGUACUUAUCAUUGGAAGAAUGGUGAAAUCAUAUUGGAUGGUGAUUUGCUUGCAGGAGUGGACCAAGAUGAAUUGUGGGAUGAUACAUAUAUUCCAUGCAAAAAUGAAUACAAACGAAGCAAUGAGAAUCUUUGUAUUGAAAAGAUUGAUCAAGAUGAAAUUGAGCACACCAAAAAUGUUGAAGAACAGACAGAAGACAGGAGUGUUGCAAGUAUUUAUGAACGAUUGAGACGGAGAAAUGAUGAUGAUAAUUCCGAUCAAGAUCCCAAUCCAAAUGAAAAAUAUCAGAAUGAUGAAGAUUUAAAUGAAAAGAUUCAAGAAAUUGAAGCAGACAUACAAAAAGACAAGGAAAAUGUCGAAUCACUUAACAAUGAAGAACAAAUCGAGGAAACCCGUGAAACAUAUGAGGAAAAUGACAAUUUAAUUGAUCGAAUUCAAGAUGAAAUCAAAGAAUGUGAAAAUCAAGUCAAUGAUGUUUGCAAAUCUGUGGCAAAUUUGGAUGAUAAUGAAAAUGAAAAUGAUGAAUCUGACGAUAAUUGGGACGAAUCAAGUGACGAUGAUAAUUGA